AUGGCGGGCACAUGCUACCUCUGUACACAGACUGGCCACGAGGCAAGGUACUGUCCAACACGCAAGAAUAGCAACCAGGCGUACGCAGGGGCCGAGGGUCAAAGCAGCCAGACCCAGGCAACCCCAAACACGCAUGCAGGAGAGAAAGCACUGUACUCACAGGUCACACAAGGUCAGAGCAAUACGCAAGAACGGCAUGGAAAUACCGUAGCGAACACAAAUGAAAGUGCUGAAGGCGGACAACAGGAAAAAGACGCAUCAACCCCAGGCCGGGGAGAAAUACACCCGACCGAACACGAGGGAAAGCACCCCCUCGACGGGAUCUCAGAAACCUCACAGCAGGAAAACGAUACCUCCAGCACAGAGCAGAAUGAAGAGACAAACCGUACAUGUGCCUCCGCUGUUGAUGAGCGGCAUCACAGGCACCCUGACCCCAACAGCGCGGAACAAGCGACUGGCGAUGAGUCUCUGCCCCAGGAAAGCCGGUCCGUGCAAGAUGAACAACAAUCAUCUGUGGACUCAGCCAAUCCUACCCAAGGGCUGCAGCAGCAACAGCAGCAGGCCUCUACACCUGUUGCUCCAUCGCUGCCACCACCAGCCGCCCACUCAUCUCCAGAUGAAGAAGGUUUUACCCUAGCAUCGGGAAAGCACACCUUCGCACCCCAUGUCCUGACCCCCACCCAGCUGACCCCCGAGCAGCAGCCAGUAUUCAAUGUCGACAUACAACAGCAAUGGGCAAAGCAGGCCAGCGCGAAAGAGAUUGCCGAUGUUGCCAAACGAGUAGCCGCAAGUCAUCGACGGCACUUGAGUAAGUAA